AUGCUCUGCGCCGCGCUGGCCUCGCCGGGGUGGGACCAGCCCCCUCCACCCCCUCCCUGCCACCCAUUCCACCCCACUGCUGUGGUGGCGCACUUGGUGGACCAGCACGCCAAGAAGGAGUUCAACGUGCUGCAGAAGGACUUCAGCGUGGCGGCCAUCAGCGGGGACAGCAGCCACAAGUGCUUCUUCGCCUCCGUGGUGAAGCAGAGCGACGUCGUCAUCUGCACGGCCCAGAUCCUGCAGAACGCGCUGGUCAGCGGGGAGGAGGACACGCGCGUGGAGCUGACGGAUUUCUCGCUGCUGGUGAUAGACGAGUGCCACCACACGCACAAGGAAGCCGUCUACAACAAAAUCAUGCUGAAUUACCUCCAGCGCAAGCUCAGCGGGCAGCAGGACCUGCCGCAGGUCCUGGGCCUGACGGCAUCCCCCGGCACCGGGGGGGCAACCUCCUUCGAGGGGGCUGUAGAGCACAUCCUGCAGAUCUGUGCCAACCUGGACACUGAGAAAAUCACGUCGGCGCAGGAGGAGCUGCAGCACCUGCAGAGCCACGUCCCCCAGCCCAGGAAGCAGUACAACCUCUGCCAGGAGAGAGCGCGGGACCCCUUUGGCGAGCGGCUGAAGAAGGUGAUGGAGCGGAUCCAGCAGCACAUGGAGAUGCCUGGCCUGCCACAGGACUUUGGCACGCAGAUUUAUGAGCAGCGCAUCAUGGAGCUGGAGAAGAGAGCGGCAGAGACGUUUUGUCGCAAGAUGCGGGUGUGCGCGCUGCACCUGCGCAAGUACAACGACGCUUUGCUGAUUAACGACACGGUGCGGAUGAUUGACGCCUUCCAGUGCCUCCAGCAGUUCUACGCCACCGAGCGGGACGUCAAGGACCCCACCGAACGGUUCCUCACCACCACGUUUGAGGAGAACAGGACCAGCCUGCAGGCACUCGCCGGGGACCAGCGCUACGAGAACCCCAGGCUGGGCAAGCUGGAGGAGAUCCUGCGGGAGCACUUCCAGCCCCUGGGCACUUCUCGUGGCAUCGUCUUCACCAAGACCCGGCAGAGCGCCCACAGCCUGCUCAGCUGGCUGCAGGGCACGGCCACGCUCAGUGGGCAGCACAUCAGGGCUGCCGUCCUCACCGGCGCCGGCUACAGCAACCAGACCAGGCACAUGACGCCGAAUGAGCAGCAGGACGUGAUCAAGCUGUUCCGCGAGGGAGCCCUCAACCUGCUCUUCUCCACCAGCGUGGCCGAGGAGGGCCUGGAUAUCCCUGAGUGCAACAUCGUGGUCCGCUACGGGCUGAUGACCAACGAGAUCGCCAUGAUGCAGGCCCGGGGCCGUGCCCGUGCCGAGAACAGCGUCUACUCUGUCCUCGCCAAAGCCAACAGCAAAGAGGUCUCCCGUGAGCGGCUCAACGAGGACCUCGUGGAGCUCAUGGAGAGGGCGAUCAGAGCGGUGCAAGCCAUGCCCGAGCAGGAGUACCGCCUCAAGAUCAGGGAGCUGCAGCGAGUUGCCGUUGCCAGCUGGCUAAUGAAGGAGGCCAGGAUCAGCGAGAGGCGGCGGCUGCACGACCCGGACGCUGUUUACCUCUACUGCGUCAACUGCAACAAGGCGGUGUGCCGCGGCAGCGACAUCCGCACCGUGGAGGGCAUGCACCAUGUCAACAUCAACCCCAACUUCGGGUUGUAUUACAGAGUUUCCUCUGGGAAAAUGCAAUUCCAGCGGGCUUUCAAGGACUGGGAGCCCGGCUGCCGCAUCGUGUGCAGCGAGUGCAGCCAGGACUGGGGAAUGGAGAUGAUCUACCGGCAGGUGAAGCUGCCCAUCCUCUGCAUCAAAAGCUUCGUGGUGGAGACGCCGGCUGAGAAGAGGAGGUACAAGAAGUGGAGUGCGGUGACGUUCCCCGUCAAGGAGUUUGACUACCUGGAGUACUGCUCCAGCACCCACGGCCUGUCCUUCUAG